CGUAUAAGAGGAAACAGCAUUUCAAUAACUUGAACACAGCUAUAAGUUAUAGAGUGAGUACUAUUCAUUUCCUUCAAGAAGAUCUUCCUUCAGUGAAUCUAAAAUGGCUAAGGGAGUUUUCAUGUUUGCCAUCCUCAUUCUUUUGAUGUCCAGUGAAACAUUCUGCCGGAUACAGAGUUGGAAAGUCAUCUUAAACCGGCCUGGCCUGCCAGAACGUAACCUUCCUAUAACAUCAAACUCUUCAGGGAGCUAUGUUGAGUCCGCUUCCAAGCCGCCGCAUUCGCAGAAUUCGGACUUCUGUUGUGUGAAGAAGACGUUUUACAAGAAUGGCAGAGUUCAGUUCAAAUGCAAGAGUGAGCAUCCCGACUGCUUUGCAAAAUCAAAUGCAUGGAGCCCAUCAUAUGGAUUGUGUGAAAGCGUUGUGGAUAACAAAAACAAUGUUAUCGGUUGUCGUUGCGCUGCCUAGACGAAAACCUUUUCAUCUGAAAAUUUCUGUCUUGAUAUAUGGUAAAUGAUAUUUUACGCGUAAAUAAGGGAAGAGUUUUCUUUCCAAAGUCGUUGCAUGUAUACGAAGCCUAAUGUAACUUUUAUUUUUAUUUUUCGAGAGAAUAUAUUUUUUUGCCUGUUUGUUUAGUUUUGUUUUGUUCGUCCGAUAUAACAAGACACGUUAUGGUAAGGUCGGUAAGGAAAAUCUGAUGUAAACUUGUAACAUUGUCCGGUAACUUGUUUUAAUAUGCUAUUUUAAACUGAGCAGUGAAAUUGCUAGUGUAAAUUGAAUGCCUCAUCAGACAAUAAAGCGUCAUUUCAUGGUGUGAUAGGAGCAAUCAAUCAAUAAGGGAAAUCUGGAACAAAUGUGUAUUGAUCAGUUGCUUAAUAGAUCUUUUCUUUGCCCCGCGGUAAGCAAUUUUAAACUUUAAAAGCUACGAGGCAUAAGUUAAACAGGAUAUAAGUUUAGAAUUAUGACUUCUAGUCCUUACAUGUAUGUGCCUCUUGGCAUAAAGAAGUGAGAGGUGACGGUGAUUCUUAUUCUACAAUAGUGUACCAACAACAAGCACAUGACGGUCGCACCCACUCGCACCUUUUGUAGUAAGGGCGGUCUCUAACUUAGUCUUGCUAGUGUUAAUUGCCAAAAGAGUUUAAACAAAAAGUAUUAAGAAACGUUUUUGUUGUAAAAAGACACCUAGAAAUUAAGGCUUUCAGGAGAUCGUCAGACCAAGUCUGGCAACGUUAAAACUGAAAUUAUCCAAAACAAAAAACAAAAACAAAAAAACAAAAAA